UAUUCCCUUUCCUUUUACAACCUUUCUUUCUGUUCCGUUUAUCAUUCUCGUUGUUAAUAUCGUCUAUUCACUUAUUUUUCCUCUUCAAUUUAUUAUUGCCUUCAUAUACCCGCGCCGUUGAACUCAAUUCCUCCUUGCCUUGUUAAGCAAAAACGACACUGUUCGUUUCCGUUUGAUCCUCGAGUUUAGUGCAAUGCGAGUCUAGUUCGUGGUUUUUCGAGAAUCUUUCUGAAUUCUGUAAUGAGCAUCUUGUGAAAACUCGUUAUGGUUGUGUCUCAGUUGCUGUGUAUGGAGACCAGGACAAGCCAGCUCUUAUCACUUACCCUGAUUUGGCUUUAAAUUAUGUCUCAUGCUUUCAGGGGUUAUUAUUUUGUCCAGAAGCCUGUUCACUGCUGCUUCACAGUUUCUGCAUAUAUCACAUCAGUCCCCCAGGGCAUGAGGUCUCUAACUUUAUGUCUUGAAGCUUUGGGAGCUGCUGCGAUUGAUCCAGAUGAUCCAAUUCUUUCAGCUGAUGAUUUAGCCGAUCAAAUUGCUGAUGUUCUUAACUUUUUUGGUCUUAGUGCAGUCAUGUGUAUGGGAGUAACUGCUGGGGCUUACAUUCUUACCUUGUUUGCUAUGAAAUAUAGACACCGUGUUGUUGGUUUGAUACUUGUUUCUCCUCUAUGCAAAGCACCAUCUUGGACUGAAUGGUUGUACAACAAGGUCGUGUCAAAUUUACUCUACUUUUAUGGUAUGUGCGGGGUGGUAAAAGAAAUAUUGCUAAAGCGAUACUUUGGCAAGGAUGUUCGAGGGAGUGCUAAUUUGCCAGAUUCCGAUAUAGUUCAAGCAUGCCAAAGGUCAUUGGAUGAGAGGCAGAGUUUGAAUGUGUGGCGGUUCCUUGAAGCAAUUAAUGGGAGAUCUGACAUAAGUGAAGGAUUGAGAAAAUUACAGUGUCGUUCUCUAAUUUUUGUUGGGGAUAUGUCUCCUUUUCACUGUGAGGCUCUCCAUAUGGCAUCUAAGUUAGAUAGACGAUUCAGUGCCUUAGUCGAGGUUCAAGCGUGUGGGUCAAUGGUAACAGAGGAGCAGCCUCAAGCUAUGUUGAUACCAAUGGAGUACUUUCUCAUGGGAUAUGGCUUGUACAGGCCGUCUAAGCCAAGCGUCAGCCCAAGAAGUCCCUUGAGUCCAUCUUGCAUUUCCCCAGAGCUCUACUCACCAGAGAGUAUGGGUUUGAAAUUAAAACCAAUAAAAACACGAAUUUCCGUGGAAAUUUAGUUGUGCGUGAAUGAAGGUUGCUGCUCUUUCUGAUUGGAUUGUUGAAGAACAAGUUUAUAAUUAUUCUGUUUUUUCAGAAAUCUGAUGAAGGAAGGGGGAUGUCAUAAUCUUGUAGAUACGGAGAGGAGGAAAGAAAAGGGAAGAGUUUCGUUGAAAGCAGUUAUAGUCAUUCUUUCAUUUGUAAUCAUAGAUUUUAGUUUGCGGGUCUGAAUAGUUGGGGAAGUUUCGAAAUUGUUGUUUUUGGACAAAUAAAUAAAUAAAUGAAAGUGCUUGUCACAACUGUAAAGCUACUGUUUUCAUGCUGUCAGGCAUCUUUUUCUGUUA